UGCCGUUGCGACUGCCAGCUGGAGGAACCUUACACAGGUGGCCUUUCUGAUCCCCCUUAUUGUGCGCCGCCUCUGCAACCGAGCAGUCGGCUUCUGCCAAACAACCACGCUGCCCUUUACCUCGCCCUGCCCUGCUCCGCCGCCGCCUGGUGCCGCCGACCUUGAGCCUCCCGUUGAUGCACGAAGCUUAGGCUUCAUCAUCCCACCUCCACGAUGGCCUCAACCGGCAUGCUGACCAAGUUCGAGUCCAAGUCCUCCCGCGCAAAGGGCAUCGCCUUCCACCCCAAGAGGCCAUGGAUCCUGGUCGCGCUUCACUCCUCGACCAUCCAGCUAUGGGACUACCGCAUGGGGACCCUAAUUGAUCGGUUCGAGGAGCACGACGGCCCCGUGCGCGGCAUCGACUUCCACAAGACCCAGCCCCUCUUCGUCUCGGGCGGUGAUGACUACAAGAUCAAGGUCUGGUCAUACCAGACAAGGCGGUGCCUGUUUACCCUUAAUGGCCACCUCGACUACGUCCGCACAGUCUUCUUCCACCACGAGCUGCCAUGGAUCAUCUCGGCCUCGGACGACCAGACCAUCCGGAUAUGGAACUGGCAGAACAGGUCUUUGAUUUGCACCAUGACGGGCCAUAACCACUACACGAUGUGCGCGCAGUUCCACCCCAAGGACGACCUUGUUGUUUCGGCCUCGCUGGACCAGUCGGUCCGUGUCUGGGACAUCUCCGGCCUGCGCAAGAAGCACUCGGCUCCGACCUCCAUGUCCUUCGAGGACCAGAUGGCGCGGAACAACCAGAACCAGACAGAUAUGUUCGGUAACACAGAUGCCGUUGUCAAGUUUGUGCUUGAGGGCCAUGAUCGCGGUGUUAACUGGGUCGCGUUCCACCCCACCAUGCCACUAAUUGUUUCUGCCGGCGACGACCGUCUGGUCAAGCUUUGGCGCAUGAGUGAGACCAAGGCCUGGGAGGUGGACACUUGCCGCGGGCACUUCCAGAACGCUACCGGCUGUCUGUUCCACCCGCACCAGGACCUCAUCAUCUCGGCCGGCGAGGACAAGACCAUCAGGGUGUGGGACCUUAACAAGCGCACCGCUGUUCAGACCUUCAAGAGGGAAAGCGACCGCUUCUGGGUUGUUGCAGCCCACCCCGAGAUCAACCUUUUCGCCGCUGGCCACGACAAUGGCGUCAUGGUCUUCAAGCUGGAGCGCGAGCGCCCAGCCUCGGCCGUCCACCAGAACUUCCUCUUUUAUAUCACCAAGGAGAAGCAUGUGCGGUCCUACGACUUCCAAAAGAACGCAGAGAGCCCGACGUUGCUCUCGCUGAAGAAGGUCGGCCCGGCCUGGGUCCCCCCGCGCACUCUGUCUUACAACCCUGCCGAGAGGUCCAUCCUAGUGACCUCGGCCGCCGAUAGCGGCACCUACGAGCUCAUCAAUCUGCCCAGGGACGGCUCCGGCGGCAUUGAGCCCACCGAGUCCAAGCGCGGCCAGGGCAGCUCGGCAAUCUUUGUGGCGCGCAACCGAUUCGCCGUCCUGCACACGGGCUCGCAGUCCAUCGACAUCAAGGACCUUUCCAACAACGUCACCAGGUCGUUCAAGCCCCCGCACGGCACCACCGACAUCUACUUCGGCGGCCCCGGCAACCUUCUCAUCAUCACUCCAACCGCCGUCCACCUGUACGAGAUCCAGCAGAAGAAGAGCAUUGCGGAGCUCGCCGUCGGCGGUGUCAAGUACGUGGUGUGGUCCAACGACGGCAUGUACGCUGCCCUGCUGAGCAAGCACAACGUGACCAUCGUCACCAAGACCCUGGAGCAGGUCAGCACGCUGCACGAAACGAUUAGGAUCAAGAGCGCGACCUGGGACGAUGCCGGAGUCCUCCUCUACUCGACCCUCAACCACAUUAAAUACACCCUGCUCAACGGCGACAACGGUAUUGUGCGGACCCUGGACCAGACCGUCUACCUGGUCCGUGUCAAGGGCCGCAACGUUUACGUGCUGGACCGUACCGCGAAGCCCAAGAUCCUGCAAAUCGACCCGACCGAGUACAGGUUCAAGUUGUCGCUCGUCAAGCGCAACUACGAGGAGAUGCUACACAUCAUCCAGAACUCCAGCCUGGUUGGCCAGUCCAUCAUCUCGUACCUGCAGAAGAAGGGCUACCCCGAAAUCGCGCUGCAGUUCGUUCAGGACCCCACGACCCGAUUCGAGCUGGCCAUCGAGUGUGGCAACCUCGAGGUCGCAGUCGACAUGGCCAAGCAACUGGACCGCCCCAAGCUGUGGACCAGGUUAAGCACCGAGGCGCUGGCGCACGGCAACCACCAGGUUGUCGAGAUGUGCUACCAGAAGCUCAAGCAGUUCGACAAGCUCUCGUUCGUCUACCUGGCCACUGGUGAGGCGGCCAAGCUGGCGAGGAUGGCCAAGAUCGCCGAACACCGCGGAGACUUCACCUCGCGCUUCCAAAAUGCCCUGUAUCUGGGAGAGGUUGAGGACAGGAUCCAGAUGUUCAAGGAGAUUGAUCUUUACCCUCUCGCAUACAUGACGGCCAAGUCACAUGGGCUUGACGAGGAGUGCGAAGCCAUUCUGGAGGCUACUGGCUUGACAGAGGAGCAGAUCACGCUCCCCCAGCUUGGAGAGACUCUGACGCCGCCAAAGGCUGUCGUCGCGACCCACAAGGCUAACUGGCCAACGAAAGCCACAUCGCAAUCCGUCUUUGAGAAGGCUCUAUUGGGUCAGAUGGAGGGUCUUUCGCUCGAGGAUGAGAAUGCGGCGGCCGCUAACGGACUGGGUGAGGACGAUGGCGAGGAGGAUGGAGCCAAGAAAAGCGGCGCAUUGGCAGAUGCUGAGGAAGAUGAAGAUGCAGCGGGCUGGGACAUGGGCGACGAUAUCGUUCCGGAGGUCGACAGCGAUUUUGUCGACGUGGAGAGCGCCGAAGCCGGAGGCGCUGCCAGCAGCGAGGCGGAUCUAUGGGCGCGCAACUCGCCCCUUGCGGUGGAUCACGUGGCUGGAGGCUCGUUCGAGACGGCUAUGCAGCUGCUCAACCGCCAGGUCGGUGCCGUCAACUUCGCACCUCUCAAGCCCAGGUUCUUGGAGGUGUACCAGGCAUCAAAGACGUACCUGCCUGCGUCUGCUGGCCUGCCGGCACUGGUCAACUACGUGCGGAGGACACCCGAUGAGACGGACCCCAGGAAGGUCCUGCCCAUCAUCCCCCGCGACCUCGAGUCGCUGGCGGCUGGCGAUCUGCAGAAGGGAUACAACACGAUGAGGACCAAUAAGCUCGAGGACGGCAUCGUCAUCUUCAAGGGCAUCCUCCACGCGAUUCUCGUCAACGCCGUGUCAAGCCAGAGCGAGACUGCCGAGGCCCAAAGGCUCAUCACAUCGGCAGCCGAGUAUACGGUUGCCAUGGACGUUGAGCUGUCAAGAAGGCAACUUGGGAGCCCUGACGCAGUGGCCAAGGACCCUGCCCUGCUGAAGAGGAACCUGGAGCUGUCGGCCUACUUUACGAUACCCAAGAUUGAGGUGCCCCACAGGCAGCUCGCGCUGCUCAACGCCAUGAACCUGUCGGUCAGGGCCAAGAACUACAACUCUGCCCUUAGCUUCGCCAACAGGAUACUGGCCAACGGUGGAGCCGGCAAGAUCCUCGACACUGCCAGGAAGACCAAGGCACAGUGCGAGCGGAAUCCCAACGAUGCCGUCGAGGUCGAGUUUGACCAGUUUGCCGAGUUCGAGAUCUGCGCGGCCAGCCAUACGCCCAUCUACAGUGGGUCGGCAUUCGAGGAGUGCGCCUUUGACGGAUCCAAGUAUCACCCCAAGUACAAGGGCACUGUCUGCAAGGUGUGCGAGGUCUGCGAGGUGGGCAAGCACGGUAGCGGGCUGAAGCUGUUCGCCUAAUGAGACUACACGUCAGAGCAGCUUUUCUUUACGACGCUCGACGACGAUGUGUAGUAUUAGAGGAGGCGGCCACGUUUUGGUUUGUUGGGCUGGGUUGGAGGCUGGGUUGGCGACGAAACAAAUCUGUCUGGCGCUCUCUGCCACCUAUCGUUGUGUUGACCUAUCGUUGUGUUGGGGGCGGUCGGGGAAAACAAAAGCAGAUCACUGAUUUUCUAGAAGGCUGGGUGGGGCCUGUCCUCGUUGUUCGGGUCUGGCCCACGGAGUAAGUGAAGUGGGCGGUUUAAAGUAUGACUUAUCUUGUUGAAAGCGUGACGAUCAAAUCUAGCACCAUGUCUACACAAGA